ACGGUUAUGAAGAAUGGUUGGUUGGCAAUUUAAUUCUAAAGGCCCUCUCCUCUCCUCUAACCUCAAAUCUUGCAGUUGCGCUAGGCAUCCAAUUCACUUCUCUGAAAAUCGCAACUAAGAUCAUUCAUUGUCCUUCGUGUCCUUCCUUCCUCUCCUCCCGUGCUUGGGUUGGGUUGGGUUCCUCCAUAGCGUAGCAUAGCAUAGCAUAACAGCGGAGGGUCUGUUUUGUGGGUGUGUUCUUGUUGGUAAAUCAUGAGCAUAUUCUCACUCUGUGUUCGGGUCUGACGGGACGACCGCUCAAGGUUUAAUAAUUAUAACUUCGCCAACCGGCAACCUCGAAUCAUCAAAACCCCUCCUCCUCCUCCUCCUGUCUGACAAUCCUCCGCUACUCACCUCACAUCCUAUGUACUUCUGAUUGAUUGCUCUGAACUGAAGUGCCAAACUUCCAUUUAUUAUGGCUGCUCACCUCCACCGAGCACAGUCAUUGCUCCCACCUCAGAUUCACCACCCACUGAUCUUGUCAGACCAGUUUCGUCAAGAAGGGACUACUGCUUCUUCUUCCUCUUCUGGGUCGAACUCGGAAUCAGGUCCGACCUCGCCUUCAUCUGCUUCAGGAAACAGAGGAGGAGACGAGGACGACAUCGAAAUGGACGAUGGGUUCACAGCUGAGUUGACCCGCCGUAUGGCUCAUUACAUGCUUCAGGAGGAGGACGAUGACCGCUUGCCUCGGCCCAGCAUUGGCCUCUCGGCCCUCCCCCAGCAGUGCCAGGAGUCAUGGGGUCCAGCUGAUGUUUCGAUUUCACCUCACUCUCCCUUCUGGUCACCUCCGGUCACCCCUCCCGUGGAGUCCGAGAUGGAACGUGCCGGGGAAGUUCUUCCAUACCACCUAAUCAAUCGAUUCAAGAAGAUGGAAGUAUCAGCCACGAGAGGUCUUGAACGUCCUGACAGUUAUUCACUGAGGACCAAAGCACCUCCCAAGCCCGCUUCACGCAAGUACAAUCCGAAUCUAGUUCACCACUCGAAUCGGGCCAUUUUGGAGGACAUAGAACUUCGAGGACCUCCGCAGUUCAAUCUACCAAUGCCGGCCAAAACCGAGCAAAGGACCAGUGGGCGAUCUCAUCUGCAGCAUCAGCUCAACCAUCAGGUAUCGGGAUCGGGUAUGCAGGCAGUAUUCCUUAGCAAGUGGGGUUCUGGAAGCAGGUCUUGCGGGACCGGCGUGUUCUUGCCCCGUGGAGCUGGCAGUUCUGCUGAAUCGCGGAAAAAACCCAGGUGUUCGACGGUUCUGAUUCCUGCUAGAGUGGCCCAGGCCUUAAUGACGCACUUUGAGAGGAUGAAUUCUCAGCCACGGGCGAGUAUCGAUGGAAGAUUGGGAGGAUUGAAAUUCCAACAGAAGAGCCAGUCCCAGGCGGCUCCAGCCCUUAACAAUAACGACACGGGCCUUCCCCACGAAUGGAUCUAUUGACACCCCUCUUUGAUCCUGUAGGCUGACAUAAGGAUGAUCGUUUUCGCUGUCGGAGAACAGGAUGAAUAAAGAGCGAAAUCGAAGGCAUAGCUCAGACUUUUUGUUCAGGGUACUUAUCUACAGUAUUGGUAGUAGCAGUAGUAGUAGAGGAAGGUGGGAUUAUAAUUAAUAAAUGAUAAAAAAGAGCCAAGUAUGGAAUGGGGUUGGGGUCUCUCUACUCUGCAAUCUGUCUUGCUCCUUAACAAAUAAAUAAAAAUCAUAUGCCCGAUCUGGUUCUACAAUUAUUCAA